AUGAAAUCACCUGAGGAAACAAAGGCUUUGUUAAGGUUUGACAGGGAGCACAUAUGGCAUCCUUAUACAUCUAUGGUGAAUCCACUACCAGUGCAUCUAGUGAAGGCGGCGUAUGACUGUGAGCUUAUUCUAGAAACGCAGGAUGGAAGCGAGAAUAGAGUGAUCGAUGGAAUGUCAUCCUGGUGGUGUGCAAUCCAUGGCUAUAACCACAAGGAAUUGAACGAUGCACUGAUAUCACAGGCCAGUCAAAUGUCUCAUGUAAUGUUUGGUGGGCUGACCCACAGGCCUGCAAUAAAUUUGGUCCAAAAAUUGCUAAAGAUGAUGAACCACAAAGAGCUGCAGCACUGUUUUCUCGCUGAUAGUGGUUCUGUAGCAGUGGAGGUGGCAAUGAAGAUGGCUUUGCAAUACCAUUUUACUUUAGGGAAGCCGAAAAAGAGCAAGUUCUUGACCAUAAGUAGCGGUUAUCACGGCGAUACCACAGGAGCUAUGAGCGUAUGCGAUCCAGUAGGGUCAAUGCACUCGAUUUAUAAAGGGUAUCUAGCCGAGAACAUUUUUGCCAGAGGGCCAUCCAUGAUUCCGGUGCUUCCCACCUCUGGCGUAUUCCGAAAGUAUGGCAAGUCAUUCGGCGACAGAACAAGCUGGAAAGAGGAUGAUAUCAAUGACGUGCGCGAUAAGAUAGAAAAUCAUCAUGAUGAGUUGUGUGCAGUUAUUCUGGAACCAAUUUUGCAAGGAGCUGGCGGAAUGAGAUUGUACCACCCGCAGUUUCUCAUCGAGGUAAGAAAACUGUGCAACCGGUACCAUAUCCCACUUAUACUAGAUGAGAUUGCCACAGGGUUUGGAAGAACGGGUACGACAUUUGCUUUCCAUCAUUGCCAGAUUUAUCAGGAACAGAAUCACAUUCCGCGCGAAAUGCAGAUAGAUGUUUAUCCAGAUAUAAUAUGCGUAGGAAAAGCGCUGACAGGCGGGUACUUGACAUUGAGUGCCGUUGUCACUACACCCAAAAUAGCACUUGGUAUCUCGUCACCCAGUAGUCCCACAGGGGGAUGUAUGAUGCAUGGCCCCACGUUUAUGGGGAACCCACUAGCUUGCGCUGUUGCAAACAAAAGCUUGGAUAUUCUGAUGUGCGGUUAUUGGAAGCAGCAAGUACAUAGAAUAGAGGAACAGUUAUUCGAGGAGUUGUUCGUGCCGCUAAUGGAAGGAGCUGCAGCAAAGGAGUUAUGGUUAGUCGAAGAUGUGAGGAUCGUCGGAGCAGUAGGUGUAAUUGAGCUAAAAGUAUCGGUAGAUCAGGAGUGGUUUCAGGAGGCGUUUAUCUCCAAAGGGGUGUAUAUCAGACCCUUUAGGAACCUCUGUUACAUCAUGCCGCCAUACAUUAUUUCCAAGGAGCAGUUGAGGAAAUUGACCACGGGCUUAGUUUCUGCCUUGAGGGAAUGGCAUAGUGUAAGAGCCAAUUCGACGGUUUAG